CGUGAAGUAGCUCGUGCGGACUGCGGAGCUGCACUGCUGCCGCGCGCGGUACUCGAAUGGGGCCAGAACGGCAGGUCGGACUGGACUGAAGGCGGGUGUGAGGUUCCCCUCAUCUGCAGCGCUCUCACAGUUCUACAGAGCCUCGAGUCUGCAAGAAGUUCUCAGCAAAGAGUGCUUCUCCUCAUGGACAGUCUUUCACCUGCCCUGCCUGGACCCUGGUUUCUACACUCCACUGGUUUUUCCUCACUGCCAGAAGACUAAACUAAAGAAAAGGCUCUGAAUAUAUUACUGUUUGUUCAGCAAACCGCAGUCAUGGGGGCCACAGGAUAUGGCUACUACCGUGUAGUCAUCUUCAUCUGCAUGUUUACUGGCUACUUUCUAUAUUUCUUUAACAGAAAGACGUUCUCUUUUGUAAUGCCCUCUGUGAUGGAGGAAGUAGACCUGGACAAAGAUGACUUGGGUAUGAUCACCAGCAGUCAGACCAUGGCCUACGCCAUUAGUAAAUUCAUCAGCGGCGUGCUGUCAGACCAGAUCAGUGCCCGGUGGCUUUUCUCCAUUGGCCUCUUCUUGGUGGGGGGCAUCAAUGUAGCCUUCUCCUGGUCCUCAACCGUAUCCAUGUUCUCACUGCUCUGGUUCAUCAACGGCCUGGGUCAGGGCUGUGGCUGGCCCCCGUGUGGGAAGGUGUUGCGCAAGUGGUACGAGCCCUCCCAGUUUGGGACGUGGUGGUCAGUGCUAUCCUGCAGUAUGAACCUGGCUGGAAGUCUGGGCCCCAUUCUGGUUACAGUGCUCCUUAAGUACUACGACUGGAGGAUGAUCCUGACCAUGUCUGGGAUUUUAUGUGCCACCUUCUCAUUCGUUUGUCUGGCGUUUGUGAAGAACGAGCCAAAAGAUGUGGGCCUUCCCAGCAUCGAGGCAUCAGCCAAAAAGGGGGUAAAAGGAGGCAACAGUGAGAGCACCCUGAGUGAGUUCCUCCUCUCUCCCUUCCUGUGGGUGCUGUCUCUGGGUUAUUUGGUCGUGUUUGGGGUGAAGACGGCAGCCACUGACUGGGGGCAGCUGUUCCUCAUGCAGGAGAAAGGCCAAACUGCUCUCAUGGGCAGUACCUACAUGAGUGCCUUGGAGGUGGGAGGUUUUGUCGGCAGCCUCGCAGCAGGUUUCAUCUCGGACAGAGCUGUAGCUCGGCAAGGCCUGAGGACCCAUGGCAGCCCUCGUCAUGGCCUGCUCAUUCUCAUGAUGGCUGGCAUGUAUGUGUCUAUGUACUUGUUCAGAGUGACUAUCACACCUGAAAUGCCAAAGGAGGCUCCUCUUUGGGUCCAGGUUCUUCAUCCGGUGUCUGUUCUCCUUCAUGUGUCAGAGCAGGAGAUAUGGAUCCUGUUCCUUGGUGCCAUGUUUGGAUUGUCCUCUUACGGACCAAUCGCCUUAUUUGGAGUGAUAGCAAGUGAAUGUGCUCCCUCUAACUUUUGUGGAACUUCUCAUGCAGUUGUAGCUUUGAUGGCUAACGUCGGAGCUUUCAUGGCAGGGCUGCCCUUCAGCACAGUUGCAAAGCAGCACAGCUGGGACAUGGCCUUCUGGAUGGCGGAGGUGAUAAUGGGCGUCACCACUGUAGCGUUCUUCCUCGUGCGGAACAUGCGCACCAAAAUGGGACGAAUCACUGAGAAGACGGAAUAAUGCACAGAAUUUAAUUGAACUUGAACUGUAGUGAACAAACGAGUUGUUUAACAAACUAAUGUCAAGGUGCAUCAGAACUCGUUUGUUAAUGCUCAGGGUGGCUUUAACUGAAUCACUUUACUUUUUUUGGAUGUUUUAGGAAUUGGAUAUUCUCAUUAAGAAGGAGCAAUGAAAACAAAAACAUUGUGUUUUUGUGGUAAAAGGAUGAAGACAUUUAAAAAUUGUUAAGAAUUAUUCGUUAUUAGUUAAUAAAAUAAUACAAAAAGUGGCAAAUAGAAACAAAUUAAUGACACGUUUUCUCGUCAUUUCACACCAGAAGUUGUCGAAGGUGCAGCAGCAGCAACAAAAAAUACAUGAAAAAAUAGAAUCACCCCGUCAACAUUUCUGUCAGGUUCUGGGGAAAAUAGUUUUAUAUUUGUUCCCAGACAAACAUCAGCUGUUGAUUGAACAUCAUUUUCCACAGCAAUAAAAAAAAUCUCAGACAGCAGAAAGGUUCUGAUCCAGUUCUUGGAUUAGGGGCAACUUGCUCCAUGCUGGAUUGGCUCUGGUACAAAAACUGAAACACUUUUUCUUUUCAGACCUAAUCUUAACAAUUCUACACUGAACAGAUUAAUGAAAACCCAGUUUGUGGUUUGUAAAGUCUAUAUUUCAUUUAUAAAAAUUUAAAACAGAUUUCAGUCCUUUUGGCAUCUUGACCACUUAAGGUCAGAUCCAGUCUAGUAAUCUCAGCAGUUAAGACCUUUAAACCUGGACUAGAUUGUCCUCCAGUAAAGACAAACCAUUCUGAAAAAUGCAUUGGAUUUUUUUGUAAUAUGAUUGCAGCUGGCUGAAGGUGAGCCUGAAGGCCUUGCUGAGGCCCUCUGGUGCCAAAAUGCUGAAAAAACUAGUUAUUAACUAGAGAAACUGCAUUUCCUACAAAAAUGCAGUGUGAAUGCUUCUUGCAGAAGAAGUUGCUGAGAAACAUCUGAAAUUAGCUAAAAAGCAUUGUGAAAUGUAGCUGAAAUGGAAGAACAAGCCUAAAUUUGCA